AUGGCUGAAAAUGUAUGUCGUCGUCGUAGCAAGAAACAACAAUCAAAAAGUACCAACCAAGAUAUCAAUAUUCUUUCAUAUUUGAAAUUGCCUUUGACUGAUAUAACGCGUCAAAGUACAAAUAUCUUAUGCCGAGAUGAUUCUGAACCUUUGUUACAAAGCCCACCCAAAAAGAAGAUAAAACUAGAUUGGAGUAAGGAACCAUAUAGCUUGACAUCCCAGCAUACCCUAUUUCGCAGAGAACUUUGGGGUACAGCCAUUGGUGGGUCAGUUAUGGCUUCUACAAGAUGGAAUGCAUCUACGCGAUUUUUCAUGAAAGAUUUUGCAAGUUCUGAUAAAGAUAUAUUUAAAUUUAUUGGGGAUCGAGGAUUGCAAUAUCAUCGUUAUUUUGAUGCGUCUCUUUACAUACAACGUCUAGUUGCUCGAGAUGGAAAAUGUUUAGCAGUAGCCGAUGAAGAAGGUAUGGUAGGUUUGAUAGAUGCGAGGUACGAUAAUACCGUAGAGACCGAGAGAGUUCGAACGGAAUUUCGUGCCCAUGAUAAUGCAGUAUUUGAUAUAAUGUGGAGUCCUGAUGAUCGACACAUGGUGACGGCGUCAGGUGACCAAACCGCUCGCUUAUGGGAUGUAGAAUUACAACAAUGUAAAGCCGUUUUUCUUGCUCACACUUGUAGCAUCAAAUCAGUCAACUACAAUUUAAUUGAUCCAAACAUUUGGGUAACUGCUUCAAGAGACGGUAAUAUUUUUAUUUGGGAUACGCGAACAGUUGGUAUGCAAACACCAGAAGGAGCCUCACUACCAGUUCAAAUCUCAAUUAAUGGCGCAACCGCUAAGCGUCCACAUGGUAUAUCCACGUUGAUUUUAGACAAUAGCGGCACUCGGUUAUAUGCGAAUAGCACCGACAACUAUAUCUAUCAGUAUGAUUCAAUCAAUUUGGGUGCACCAUUGGCUCGAUUUACUAGUCCAACAUACCGUUGUUCUUCAUUUUACAUUCGCAUGGCAAUUUCACCUGAUGAUAGAUACAUCAUCAGUGGAUCAAGUGAUAAAUGUAUAUAUAUGUGGGAGACCGAUUUUCCAGAUGAAAAUCCUAUCAUUUUGAAGGCUCACGAGAAUGAAGUAACUAGUUUAAGCUGGUCGAGAGAUCUUGAAUUGUUUGCUUCUUGUUCGGAUGAUACUUCUUUACGUCUUUGGAGAGUCGACAAAUCUUCCGUGCUACAGUAA